UUUUUCAAAAGCCCCCGCAGCUUAUUUUCGGACAGAAGGCGGAGGAUAAUGCUGUUGCAUGGGUUCGAAAAGCAUGUGGACAAAAGUCUUUGGACAGGACUUAGGUCGCGUUAGGUGACUAACUCGGACAUUUUGAGCUUCUAAUUUAAUAAUUUAAUAAUUACAUUUGGUAAUUAUUAAAUGUUGAUAUGGUAUGGGUUGUUUGUUUCUGACGAAGAAGCUGCGUUCAAGAACAUCACGUUUAUAUUUGUCACUGUUCAACUUGUACGAGUAGAACUUAUUUAAAGGGAAAGUGCACUUUGGGGGAUUUUCAUUUUCAUGUGAGACAUGAACACGUUUCUAUGUUUUUUAAAGAUACAAAAACGGAAAAAAGUUGUCUUAAAAGUAUCCAAAAAGCGUCAUUAUUAGUAUUAUUAUAUUGUUACAUUACACACUAGCUAGCUAGCUACUAGCCGGCUAGCAACUAGCUUCACCACAGACUCGCCCUAGCAUAACGGCGUCGAGCUCACAACGCCUCAGACACCACCAAAAGGUAAGAACACGUAUUCGAGAUGCUGUGUUUUUAUGUUUAUUGUUUUUAUUUCUGACUUUGGAAAACGUAGUUAUGUGAAAUCAACGUGUAUAGCAUGGAAGCUAACUGUUGAGAAACCAGUAUAUGUGUAUCCCAUUACGUGCUACUAGCGAGGUGUCGCUUUUGAACUGUUUUUAUCUUUGAAAAGCACAGAAAAGAAAAACUUCAUGAUGGCAAAAUUCCCCCUAAAAUGCAAUUUUCCUUAAUCCUUCUGAGAUUUUGACAUUACUUUUAAGAAAAGUAUAAUGAAAAAAUAUGAAAAACCUACAAACAUAGCAGCUUAUUUUCGGACAGAAGACGAGGAUAUGCUGUUGCAUGGGUCGAAGUAUGUGGACAAAAGUCUUGAGGAUUAGGUGACUAACUCUGACAUUUUGGACAAUUCUGUGCUUCUAAUUUAAUAAUUUAAUAAUUACAUUUGGUGUGGAACUGAUUGACAUGGUAUGGGUUAUGGGUUUCUGACGAAGAAGCUGCAUUCAAGAACAUCACGGUUUAACUUGUACGAGUAGAACUUAUUUAAAGGGAAAGUGCACUUUUGGGGGAUUUACAUUUUCAUGCGAGACAUGAACACGUUUCUAUGUUUUUUUAAAGAUAUAAAACCAAAAAAAGUUGUCUGAAAAAGUAUCAAAAGAGUAGUAUUAUUGUAUUGUUACAUUACUGACGUAUUGACACUUAGCCAGAACACACCUGCUAGCUAGCUACUAGCCAACUAGCAACUAGCUUCACCACAGACUCGCCCUAGCAUAACGGCGUCGAGCUCACAACGCCUCGGACACCACCAAAAGUAUCCUCACAGAAGACGGUUUAUUUGAGGGCAUCUAACAGAGCUGGGAACCUCAUUUCGCUGCACGGUACACUGAAGUGAGGCACUUCUUCCUGUCAAUAUGAGGCACGCCCGCUCUACUGUGAUUGGUCCCACUCAGCCUGUACAGCUAACAGCUUGAACCCAGGCACGCCCAUAUAAAAUUCGAUAGCAGGGCGCUCGCAGGCUGAUUGGGGUCCAUUGUGAGGGGCCUGAGGUCGCUGAUUGGUUCAAGGGAAGCGCCACAACUACAAGGAGUUUAUAUUCAUUCAGCUUGCUCAAGUACCCCCAAAUGCAGGCUGGAGACCGCUACAGAGGAGCACCCCAACACCACCGGUUUUGAUGAUGGACUACAAUUUUUAAAACAUGGAUUGACGAUUCAUCGCGGAAACAGAAGUAUCGGAUAAAAAUGGCAAAUGCAGACAACGAAGUGAGAACGUUGCUCAAUUUUGUGAACCUCGCAUCGAGCGACAUCAAGGCGGCUUUGGAUAAGUCGGCUCCGUGCAGACGCUCGGUGGACCACAGGAAGUACCUACAGAAACAGCUCAAGCGCUUCUCUCAGAAAUACUCCCGUGUGCCGAGAUGUCACCCGCUCCGAUCUGCGCAGUGCGCCAAACCCACGAGCGCCGCCGGUUUACAAGUUCCAGAAAAGGACGCGGGUGCGAGUGCAGACAAUGUGUGCGGUUCUGUGGAGCAGGUCCCAAUGAGGAAACGCCAACUUCCGGCCUCUUUCUGGGAAGAACCCAAAAUAACCAAGCGGGAUCACUCCCAGUCCGGACUUAGAAUGAAUCACCCAGCAUCCACAGACACCAGAGAUCUCAGAAAAGGUCAUGAUGAGGACGCAAAGAUCUCCAAAGAGGCUCUGAAACUGGAACGUAUCUCUCAUCGCGGGUUCAACGUGUGUGCUUGCUGCCCUUUCCAAGUCCACCACCACCACCAUCACCACCACCACCAGCAGGUCAUCCAGGGUCACAUCAUGGUGCCGCAUCCCGCUAUAGGACUGUGGUGUAAAACGGAACCUGAGAGACCGGAGCAGAAGAUUCAUACGCACGUUGUCGUCAAACCCAUACCCACCAAGCCCGCUAUCCCGUCGCCGAUCUUCAGCGUCUUUGGCUUCAUUUAAACACAAAUACGACUAAUUCUUGUCAUCUCAGCAAUCAAUAAUGAGACACUUCCUCAAGCACUUAAUGGAAUACUAUUUUUGGCUCACUUCUAGAGGACUAAAAUGCACUUCUUCAUGUUCUUGUUUCUCUGAUCCCGCACAGUAAGUUGACAGGUUUCUACUUUUAGGCUCCUCUUUGUCGCAGUAAUGUUUGAUACACAUGCUUUCAUUUCUUAAAUAAACGAUUCCCACAAGAAGUCCCGUGGGUUUAAGUUAAUUUUUAUCGAGGUUUUUCCUAUGAAAUGAAAGUUGAAAAAAACAAAACAAAAGAGAAAGUCACAUCAUAAGAGUUUAUAAAUAGAUAGAAUGCUUUACAGAUAUAUUAGACAUGAUUAAAAAUAGGACACAGACAAAUAUAAAAUGUACUUCAUGGAGGUCAUCUUAUCAGUCCAUCCCGGUGAGGUAUCUUAUCAGUCUUCCUGGUAGAGGUAAGCUUGUGAGGGAUCUCAGUCUACGUGGGCCCACUUGGGUGCGAAUACUUAAUCUGCAAAGGUGCCGCAGUGAACGAGGUGACACUAAGGAGAGACAUAAAAAUAAAAAAAAAACAUGCAGAAAUAUGAACAAAGUGGAAAGAAAUUUACCCAGCAACCACUUUAUUAACACAAAACCUGUAUCACGUAUGAAACCCUUGUAAAGAUAAUUACAUUCUGUACAAAGCAAACCUCCACCAAGGUUAAUAAUUCCUCAUAUUUCACACUUAAGUACACUUAAGUAACAGCUCCAUCUGCUGGAUCAUGAAGGUCACUGCACCACUUAGCCCCAGUGCUCAUUCAUUC